AUGGGCUCUUUGGAAACAUCUUGGGCGACGUUACCAGAAGCACGAUCCCCUGUUCUUCAUCUCAGUCAUCCUACACCCGGAGAGUGUCAGACUGUCUGGAAGCUCAGCUCCCUUGCCUGGACAGACGCCCUAUCCUUACCGCAAUACCUCGAUUUGGCAAAAGAUGGAGUAAUGACCAAUUGGAUAUUGACUGAUAAGACCCUGCCUCCGGACCAGCGGCCAAUCCUAUGCUCCUGUGAAACAUUUCGCAAGCGUACAUUCCUCAGUGAUACAGGUGGCAAUCUCAGCGAGAACAUUAUCCAUGGUGUUGCCAGUGUCUUCUGCGACCCAGUACUGAGACGUCGUGGCUAUGGCUCACGCUUGAUGAGGGAGUUGGCAGAAAUCUUGCGCACCUUUCAGGCCGAAACGACGAAAUCCAUUGGGAGUGUGCUGUACUCUGAUAUUGGGAAGAAGUUCUACGCAGACCUUGGGUGGCACCCUUUUCCUAUCAAUACGCAUAUCGAGCUCGACCCAUCUGCGGCCCCGGACGCACCAAGAGCUACACAGCUUCUGCCUGGAAACCUUGAACGACUUUGUGAAGAAGACGAAGCUAUGAUUCGUAAAGAGUUGACCAGUACAUCAACCACUGGAAAGACACGCAUGGUGCUCGUGCCGGAUCUUGACCAUAUGCUUUGGCAUCACAAGAAAGAAGGAUUCGUGUGUGAAAAGCUCUUUGGAAAGAAGCCUCAGAUCAAGGGAGCGAUCGUGGGGCAGGCUGGUAAUCGAGUAUGGGCUAUUUGGACCCACCGCUUUUAUGGAGACCCGGAGUCUGCUUCUUCUGAGAAUACUCUUUAUAUAUUACGGCUAGUGAUCGAAAAUCAAGCUACUACAGGCAUACGUGACGCAGAGCAAUCUGAAAGGCAAGUUGAGCAGAUGAAAGCUAUUCUUCAGGCCGCCCAGGACGAGGCCGCCGAGUGGAAGUUACAUCGUGUGUUGAUGUGGGACCCUACGCCCCUGGUCCUGGAAUUGGUAGGACGAACAAGAAUCCAGCAUCGCAGGAUAGAGCGGGAGCAUGAGGGUAUUGCUAGCCUUCUCUGGUACGGAGAAGGUAGCGGUAAGGAGGACACACUGGAAUGGCUUGGGAACGAGAAGUAUGGGUGGUGCUAA